UGCGAGCAUGGAGCCUGCCAUUAGUCCACGACCCUCUGAGCGCACGUCUGACUUGGGCUGCGGAGAAGGGACUCAAAGCAUGCCUGCCCAGCCUCCAGUAUCCAAAGAGGGGAGUGGGCCCCCGCAGGGCAGCGGCCCAAAGGAGGUGGAGAGCAAAGGCCCUGGCUCCGUGGUUUCCUUGCCAAACAAAAUGGGAGAUGCUGAAGCAGGCAAGAAGAUCUUUACUCAGAAAUGCGCUCAGUGCCACACAGUGGAAAAAGGUGGAAAACACAAGACAGGUCCAAAUCUCUGGGGUCUCUUUGGCCGAAAAACAGGACAAGCACCAGGAUUUUUGUAUACUGAUGCAAACAAAAACAAAGGUGUUGUCUGGGGAGAAGACACUUUGAUGGAAUAUUUGGAGAACCCAAAGAAAUAUAUCCCUGGAACUAAAAUGGUCUUUGCUGGUCUUAAAAAGAAGAGUGAGAGAAAAGAUCUUAUUCAGUAUUUGAAACAGGCAACAUCUUCCUGAAAUACUAUUGCAACUUAAAAAGUAUCAAUUUAAAUAUUGUACAUUUAAAUAAAUCAUAUUUGAUCAUUCUUGAUCAGCCUGUAAUAAGUUUAAUGUUUAAAAAUAAAGGUUGUUGUUUUUGAUUA